GCAACAAAGUUGCGCCGUUGGGGACCGCCGUUGUCAUAGUCAUAAUAGAAUCAACAUUAGAAAACGGAAAGAAAAUGAGGCGAGCUAAUCAGAGAGAUGCGGCGGAUGAAAUGAUGGACGAGGCCUCUCAAAGUGCCGAGAUGCUUCGGCUCCAGCGGAAACUCCGAGUGAUGGAGAACGACCGGAAGGCGUAUGAAGAGGAUGCCAGGAAUCUACUGCGGAAACAGGAGUGUGAAAUUCAGUCCCUUUUGAAAGAGAACAGAGAAAUUAGGACUGUUCUGAAGCUUGCUAAUAGUGAUAAGAAUCGGACCAUUGAUAUACAGGACACAGAGCGCCUAGUGGAUCUAAUAGACAACCUGGACAUGUACAACGCGCAGGCGGACGCCGAGGAGGCGCGGAUCAAAGAACUCGAUGCCGAGAUAAGGUCGCUUGAUAACUGUAUCACAUCCUACAAUAAACAAAAAGGGGGAGUCACUGAGGCCCACGAAGAGCAAGCCAUCCAAAAGACGAUACGGGUCAUGGAAAACAGACUGGAUAAAGAGAUGGCCAAGUUUAACCAGCAGUUAUCAGUGAACAGCCGUCUGAGGAAGGAGAUUGAUCACCUCAGACAAGACCGCCUGGUAUUCAAUGGUCUAUUCAAAAAACUUAGCAAGGAACUGAAUGACACGAAGAAGUCUAUGAACGAAAUAGUAACCGAGGCAUCUCAGGCAUAUGAAGACAGAGAUGAGGCUCAGAACAAAAUGCUGGCAUUAAAAGAGAGAAGUGAAAAAGACAUCGCGCAGCAGGAAGUGGAAAUGAAAGAAUUGUAUCGCAUCAUCGACCACGAUAAUCGCCUAAAAGAGUUCAUGAUGUUUAAAACAUGCGAACGUUCAGAGUUCAAAGAGGAAGAAGAGGCAAAGAAAAAGAAAUGUUCGGGAGGGGACAAGGAUAUCGACGCAGAGAAAGUACAGAUUCAAACUUUGGAGGAAGCCUUCCAGCGAAUUCGCGAGGCGACCGGCGAAGACGAUGUUGACGUCAUAGUCACGAAUUUCAUUCGGCGAGAGAACGAAAAUUUCGCGCUUUUCCAGUAUGUCAACGAAAUCAACGAUGAGGUCGAGCAGCUGCACGAUGAAAUCUACAACAUGCAGGCGGAAAUCAAGCAGUUUGAAAAGGACGACAUCAAGAACGAAGGCGUUCGCGUCCAAAUGCUCAAAGACCUGGAGGAGAAGAGCGACAAGAUACGACAACAAAGGGAGGCCACUGAGGAGAAGAAUGUUAAGGUAAAGAAGGUGCUGGAUGAGCUUCGCAGUGGGGUGGAGUUGCUGUUCCGAUCCAUUCAGUGCGACUCCUCCGUCAUUCAGGACAUGCUGGGCAGUGACAAUCGCGUCACCAACAAGAACAUCCUUCAGUACAUGGGCAUCAUUGAACAGAAGACGAUGGAGCUACUACAGGCCCAGCAGUACCUGCAGAUGAAGGCGAAUCCACCAAAACAGGAAAAGAGAGGAGACUCUACAACUCCUGUCCACCAACAAACCCAGAAAGUGGAUUUACCACCUACAAUUUCUAUUCAACCGCCAAAUGCCGGUGAGGACGAUGAUAUUUUCAAUGAUUACGGUGAAGAGAUGGACCUUCGACCCUUGACCCAGGAAGAACUUCGCAGCGCCAUCAUAAACAAGGUCACCCGGAAGUCAACUUGCCAGCGUCUCUACAUCCGCCACGCUCGUUCUACUAGGCUACAAUAAGCGAAAAACUAUCCCUUAAAUUAAUGUUUAACCCAACAAUAAAUCCGCAACUAGUGGGGUUGCAAAAUUUUCGAAGAAUUUUUUGUUCAGAUUAACCACAACCUAAUUUCAA